ACUUAAAAAUACCAAGUGAGAAAUUCCAAAGAGAAAAUUUAACAAAUCUGAUUUUUAAGUAAUUAACCUAAAAAUUCUGCUUCAUUUAAAGUAAGUGAACAGGAUACUUUUCUGUAAAUAUGGAAUACUGCUUUAAUUUCACUCCUCUCUUAUGUUGCUUAAAAUUAGACAGGAAUGUGGCUGUAGACUUCCUGUUAUUUAUAUACCCUGUGAAGCCAGAGGAGUCAGAGUGUGUUUGGUCAGAGGAAUGAAAGGCAAUGGAUCCCAAAUUUCAGCGUGUGGCGUUAAGUGAUGGUCACUUCAUUCCUAUGCUGGAAUUUGGCACCUAUGCACCUGUAAAGGUCCCUAAGAGCAAAGCUAUGGCCACCAAAAUAGCUACUGAUGCUGGGUUCUGCCACAUUGAUUCUGCUUGUUUUUACAAAAACAAAAAGAAAGUAGGUUUGGCCAUCCAAAGCAAGAUUGCAGAUGGCACUGUGAAGAGAGAAAAUAUAUUCUACACUUCAAAGCUUUGGUGCAUUUUUCAUAGACCAGAGCUGGUCAGACCAAGCUUGGAAGACUCACUGAAAAAACUCCAGUUGGACUACGUUGAUCUCUACAUUAUUCACUUCCUAACAGCUUUGAAGCCUGAAGAGGAGAUUAUUCCAACAGAUGAACAUGGAAAGAAAAUAUUUGACACAGUGGAUAACUGUGCCACUUGGGAGGCCAUGGAGAAAUGCAAAGAUGCAGGAUUGGCCAAGUCCAUUGGGGUAUCCAGCUUCAACCACAGGCAGCUGGAGAUGAUUCUGGACAAGCCAGGGCUCAAGUACAAGCCUGUCUACAACCAGGAAUCUUGGACAGAGACAUGAAUCCAGAAAAUAUUAACUGGAGACUAUGGUAAUAUGUGGAAGGUAAAAGAAAUUACCUAUUUAUGUUGAUACUAGUAACUGACAGAAACAACACUAAGGGAUUUUUUGACAAAACUAGAGCCCAUCUUGUUCCAAAGCUCACUUCAGUCUGCACCUCUUCCCUGCUUUCUGCCAUUGAAUCAACUGUGUAAACACAAGCAUUCUGUACUUGGUGUUGUGUUUAACAUAGCUUCCAGCAACUUAGAGUCACCAAGUACAGACCAUGAAUUUGGUAUAUAAUGAUGCAACAUCUUGAUUUUCAAAUAAAAUGUCACAAAUU